GGGCUGGGGCGGCGGAGGGAGUCGGGCAGCCGCUGCAGCGUUCCGCCGGACUUUGGAGCUGCCGGGCUCGUGCUGUCUUCCCGGGCUGCGAGUCUGGCGGGGCUCCGCGCGCCUCGCGGGGUGGGCGUCGGACGGCCCGCUCCCCCUCCUCGGCCCGGGCGGUGGUACCUCCCGGCCGAGUCACGCGCCCCGAGGCGGGCGCGGCGGAUCUGUUAGGGUACACGCAGGCCUGGCACAGUCUCCAGGGCACCAUGAAUGCCAUUGUCGCGCUCUGUCACUUCUGCGAGCUCCACGGUCCCCGCACGCUCUUCUGCACGGAGGUCCUGCACGCCCCGCUUCCACAAGGGGCGGGGAGUGGGGACGGCCCCGGCCGGGGCGAGCACGCUGAGGAGGAGGAGGGCGGCAUCCAGAUGAGCAGCCGCAUCCGUGCCCACAGCCCGGCGGAAGGGGCCAGCGCGGAGUCCAGCAGCCCGGGACCCAAGAAGUCGGACAUGUGCGAGGGCUGCCGGUCACUUGCUGCAGGGCAUCCCGGGUACAUCAGCCAUGACAAGGAGACCUCGAUCAAGUACGUCAGUCACCAGCACCCCAACCACCCCCAGCUCUUCAGCAUCGUCCGCCAGGCCUGUGUGCGGAGCCUGAGCUGUGAGGUGUGCCCCGGCCGCGAGGGCCCCAUCUUUUUUGGGGACGAGCAGCACGGCUUUGUGUUCAGCCACACGUUCUUCAUCAAGGACAGCCUGGCCCGGGGCUUCCAGCGCUGGUACAGCAUCAUCGCCAUCAUGAUGGACCGCAUCUACCUCAUCAACUCCUGGCCCUUCCUGCUGGGCAAGAUCCGUGGGAUCAUCGACGAGCUCCAGGGCAAGGCGCUCAAGGUGUUCGAGGCGGAGCAGUUUGGGUGCCCACAGCGUGCCCAGAGGAUGAACACUGCUUUCACACCGUUCCUGCACCAAAGGAACGGCAACGCUGCCCGCUCGCUGACGUCCUUGACAAACGAUGACAGCUUGUGGGCGUGCCUGCACACCUCCUUCGCCUGGCUCCUGAAGGCGUGCGGCAGCCGGCUGACUGAGAAGCUCCUGGAAGGCGCGCCCACUGAGGACACCUUGGUCCAGAUGGAGCAGCUUGCGGACUUGGAAGAGGAAUCAGAAAGCUGGGGCAACUCUGAGGCUGAAGAGGAGGAGAAAGCCCCUGUCUUGCCGGAGGGGGCCGAGGGACGGGAGCUGACCAAGUGCCCAACGGAUUCGUCCUUGCUCUCAGACUGUGGAAACUGGCAGCCCCGAAAGCUCUCUGUCUUUAAAUCCCUUCGGCACAUGAGGCAGGUCCUGGGUGCCCCAUCUUUCCGCACACUGGCCUGGCACGUCCUCAUGGGGAACCAGGUGAUCUGGAAAAGUAGAGAUGCAGACCUUGUCCAUUCAGCCUUUGAAGUUCUUCGGACCAUGCUGCCCGUGGGCUGUGUGCGCGUCAUCCCUUACAGCAGCCAGUAUGAGGAGGCCUACCGCUGCAACUUCCUGGGGCUCGGCCCCCACGUGCAGAUCCCUCCCCAUGUGCUGGCCUCAGAGUUUGCUGUGGUGGUGGAAGUGCACACGGCCGCCCGCUCCAGCCUGCACCCGGCCGGGUGUGAGGACGAGCAGUCCCUCAGCAAGCACGAGUUCGUGGUGACCAGUGGGAGUGCUGUAGUCGCAGACCGAGCUGGCCCCACCAUCCUGAGUAAAGUGGAAGCGGCUUUGACCAACCAGAAUCUGUCGGUGGACGUGGUCGACCAGUGCCUCGUCUGCCUCAAGGAGGAGUGGAUGAACAAAGUGAAGGUCCUCUUUAAGUUCACCAAGGUGGACAGUCGGCCCAGGGAGGACACACAGCGGCUCCUGAGUGUCCUUGGGGCGUCCGAGGAGGACAAUGUGAAGCUGCUCAAGUUCUGGAUGACGGGCCUGAGCAAGACCUACAAGUCGCACCUCAUGUCCACCGUCCGCAGCCCCGCGGCCGUGGAACCUCGCAGCUGAGCCCGUCCUGGGACGCUGUGUCUGGGUGGGCCUCCUGGGAUGUGGUGACGUCCGUCCGUGCCGUGCAGCUCAGACACAGGGCUCUGGUGGCAUUCUCAGGCUGUCCUCCCAUUUCCAAGCUGCUGGCGUGAAGCUGUUUCCUAGUAAGGAAUGGAAGCUGUUGGGGCUGAACUUUGCCCUCUGUGUGGGAUGCAGGCCUGGUGUAGUUCUUGGCACCAUCCCGCAAGCUAUUUGAAUUGCUCCAGCCCUGAAGAGGGCAAUGGGAGACUUGUGACGGUUAGUCCCCUACCUUCGCGCACCCCUGGGAGAGAAGAACGUGAGGAAGGUGUGCAUCUCAUGCCUCUCGUGGAUGCUGAUCUCAAAAUUUACAGGGAAACAUGUCAGGCCAGCUCCACCUGGGAUAUCUUAGCUGCAAUGUCAUACCCUCUCUUGAGGUUGAACCUUUCUCUUCUGAAGUUCAGCAAGGGUUUUCCAGGUAGAGCAUGCAUAUGUGAGUUUUGUGAAUUUUCAGGUUAUGUUCUGAUCUGUAGUCAUUGUUAGUAAUCUGGUUUUAAGUUAGGGCUCUGGGAAUGCCUUUUGGGGUGGAGUGGAUGUUUUCCUCCUCUUUGGAUCAUCUGGAAUUCGUGUUCUGAAGUUAUCUGACCACCAAGUCUUCUGGCCAUGCUCUUCUGUGGUUGCUUUGAAAUUACCCUGUAGCUUGAGGACAGACCCCGAUCUUUUUUACACAAAGAGGAUACUUUGCUGAAAUGUCAGAUGGAGUCGUUUGGCCUGGCUCACUGUAUGUGGAGUUGAGAAACCCAUCAUAGUUUUAUUCCAUAUCACUUUGCCCUCUAUUGCUUCUUUAAACGUUUACAUUUGGCUGCAGUUAAGUUUCAGAGUAUGGUAGUUUAAGAUUGGUUCAUCGUCCCUGUGUACAUUUUUAAUAAGGAUUCAUGGUUUGGAAGGAUUUUCCGGUAAUAUUGCUGAUUUGUUUAUAGUUUUUUGUGUUUAAUUUAUAUUUAACAGGAAGACCAUGUUUAUAUGACUAGGUAUCUGUAUCAUGCAAGA